ACAGAUCACAAUGAAGAGUAGAAUAAAGGUUUCUUUUUAGUACUAUUGGCUGAUCAGUCCCAUAGCCCGCCCUUUGGCAUGCAUCUUUACGUGGCUGACCCUAGCAACGGCUGUCAUCAGUACUGCACUAGGCUGGGAUAUAAAGGCUUGGAUCCUGGCAAUAACACAUUUGCCUGAUGAUCAGCAAUACUGAUCUAUAUAUAGCAGGAAGAGAGGCAAGCUAGACACUGUUGUUGUUUUUCCUGUGAAAGCUGUAUGUUUUCCUAACACAUACCACUCUGCAGGUCUGAAGAGCCAACCUGCAAAUAUGAGCCACCCAUAUGUCGGACCUUUGUCCGCAUACAACAGUCUCACUGACAAACACCUGACAGGAUAUUUCAACAAUACAAGAAUAAGAAGGCACCUUCAGAGAUCUGGAAUGAUUACAAGAAGUGGAAGAAUAUUAACUGAAAAAGAAUACAAAAUAAAUUCUAUGAGACGUGACCAUCAGAAAUAUAUCAGACAAUGCCUUGCCCAAGCCAUAUUCCAAAAGGUCCUUGACAUGGAGCGCUACCACCAAAUUGAAAUAAAAAGAAAAUUGGAAACAUUUGCAAGAAGAGAACGAAUCCAAAGAAUCAAGGCUGACCAUUCAAAGACAGUUGAAGAAGAAACAUUUGCUUUAUUUUCUCCUCGACCACCAACAGGACCAAAAGGUGGGGUGAAUCGCCAGAUGAUAACACAAAGGGAACUUUCUGACUCAUCAGAAUCAGUUUCCUCUCCCAGACCAAACACCGCACCAGGAAAUAUGCAACGUCCAGUUCGACUACAACCUCUUCAGGGAUAUUCAAGGAAUGCACCAAAGACAUCAUCCGGAUCAAAACAAAAAGAGUCAGCUGAUGAGCAAGAACAACAGUUUCCUAGAGGGGUUGACAGAGAUCUAAUGAAACUAAUGAACACAAUGGACCAUUCUGUAGGAGUAUCACCCUAUCGACUUCCCAUAAUUAACAACUUUAUGAUACCUGCUCCCCCUCCUCAAAGAAAAUAUCCCAAACAGCUCAAACAGACUAUGAGUACAUCAUCCAGAGGAAGGCGCUUUCGCCCAACCACUGCACCCAAUGAGCUUGAACUGACCUCUAAGGAUUCUGGGAAGUUCCAUAAAACAAUCUUGCACAGCAACGUAGCAGUCACCAUGGUUUACCUCAGAAAAAAUGUACACUUGUCACUUGAUGAUAAUGACUUCAGAGAUGAAAUAAAAGUAUUUCAGCAACACUGUGGAGGCGAAAAUCUAUGUGUUUUCAAAGGCAGACUUCAAGAAGGAGAAACGUUUAACUUAAUAUCCCGACGGCAUCGUGGCUUCCCAUUCAGCCUCACCUUUUAUAUUAAUGGUAUGCAGGUAGAUAGAUUGAGCUCUUGCUGUGAAUAUAAACAUCGCAAAGGUGCAAGACUGGGAGGAAAAAAUGGCUAUUUUGGCAUUGUUAAUAUUGAAGGCGCUUCACCCUGCUACAGGUGUAUUAUUUCAAUGGGUCUUGAUAAGAAGCCUUCACCACCACCAAAGAAGGCAAAGGAUGAGGAGUAUGAUAGCAAUGAAGAAAAAGAUAAUGACGAUUUUAAAUGUGAGAGUAUUAUGGAUAAAGAAGCCAUCAAUGAUACAGAAAGAGAUGAGGAAUAUGAUGAAGGAGAUGAUAUGAGAAAAAAAGAGAUAGAAGAAACAUCCUCUGCUUAUGAUAAAACAGACAUGGAAUAUGAAGAGGAUGAAGAAGAACAAGAGGAAGAAUAUGAGGGUGGAAAAAGGGAGGAUAAGAGUGAAGAGUACGAAGCUGAUGAUGAAGCUAAAGAUGAGUACGAUGAGGAUUUUGAAGUGGAAGAAGAGAAGCCAGAUGAGAAAACUAAUGAAGAAGGACAGGUUGAUGAUCAAGUGAAUGGAAAGUCAAAGUCACCCUCAGAUGAUGAAAAAGAUGAUUUAGACCAUGAAGGGGAAAGUAACAAGCCAUCAAAGGAGGCAACGGAGACUUCAGACAGUGAGAAAGAUAAAAGAGAUGGGCAUACUGACAGUGAAUAUGAGGAGGAUAAACAAGGAAAACAUAGCAUAACUGACAAGGAAAUGAACAUUGCUGCAAGGAAAAUCCAGUUAUUUUAUAGACAACAUAGAACUCAUCAGCAGAACAUUCAGAAAAAGAAAACAGAGAGGAAACACAGCACAGGAUCUGUUUCUUCUCGCAGUACAAUAUCUACCAGCUCCAGUGAAGACAGGUCAAGCGAUGAAGAUAAUGAAGAAGAAGCUAAGACAUCUAGCUCAGAACAUCCAGAGAAAGAUAAUAAACCAACACUAGAGAGUUCAGAAAAUAUCCAAGAUUCAGUGACACAUCUGGAGGAUGAAACCCAUUCAGAAGAACCAGCAAAUGAAGACCCUAAAUUAGAAGAGACAGGUGAAACUGAAGAGACAGAAACCUGCACAAAGGAAGAAAUCACUUUAUCUGAAGAUGUUAUGGAGGAACCACAGUCACAUUCUGCUGAAGGUGACAAUGAACACUGUGUGAGUCCUUCAAAAAAUGUUUGUGAGCAAGAGGCUGAGUAUGAAGCCACAGUGCACAUGGAUGAGAGUGCUAGUAAAUCCCAAGAUCAUUUAAUUCAUGAUAAUAAACAUUCUGAGAAUGAAGAGGAAGGUGAUGGUCGAUCAUUUCAAGAAAAAAUAGCAGAGGCAAUUGACCAUGAUGAACACUUCAAUUCAGAACCAGAGCCCAGUGAUUCAAGUACAGAUGAGGAGGAUGACUUAAAGAAUGCAUAUAAUGGAAGUAAAUAUGUUUGUGCAUCACCUGACACAGCAGCACCUGGACAGACUUUACCAAAUGAAGAGGCUCAGUUGGAAACACCAGAAAUAGAGGAAGAUAAAGAAAUUCAAAAUAACAGUGUUGAUUGUGAUAAAAAUAGUGUCCCUGAUGCAGCAGAAAUGGAGGAGGAUGAACUUAAAACAUCAAACAUACAUACAGAUACUGAAUUUAUGGGCACUUCCACAAUCACACAAAAACCUGAUGAUGACGAUGUAGAAGAACAAAAUAUUCCUCUUGUAACAGAAGAGUUGCUGCGCUCAUCUUUAAAAUCUGGAGAUACAAUGGAAAGUGAACUAAGAGAAUCAAUCCUAGAUAAAGAAGAAGAAGCAAUUCCUGUUGAAGAUGGUAUGGAACAGGGUGAAAUAACCCUAAAUGAAGAGAAUUCAGAUCUUAAAGACCUUGAUGCAUCAGUUGAGUCAUCUGCUAUGUUAAAUGUGGAAAACAAUGACACACUGUCUGUUAAUGAUACCAAAGUGGAAGAAGAAGAUCAUAUUGAGAAACAUGAAACAACUGGUAUUUUAACAACUGAGGAAGAAAAUGUUGCAAUUAUAACUAAUUCAGUUGAGGUAGAAGAAAAUAAACUAGUUCAAGAAGCAGAACAACAUGGUUCUGAAAAUGAAACUGUUGAAAAUAGUGCUACAAAUGUAUUAUCUGAAGAAAAUAUAGAUAAGGAACAAACAGAAGAUGGUAUACAGGAAAUAGCUGAUACUGUAGCUGAUACUCCUAAUGCAAAUGAAAUUAUUAUUGAUGAGGAACAAAAUGAAAAUAAUGAUAAUGAGGGUGAAGACACCAGUACUGAUGCAGGCAAUGAAGUAGAUUUAUGUACUGAUAUGGAAAAUUUAACAAGUUCUGUCAUUGAGGAAGGAGAAUUGGUAGAACCUUCAGCUAUUGUUAAAGGAGAAAAUGAAGUUACUUCUGAGGAUAUAGGUGCAGAGAAUGCUUCUAGAGCUGUAAGUCCUGAAACACAUGAUUCUACAGAGUGCAUAGCAAUAAAGGAUGAUAAUUCUAAUGAAGAACAAACUACUGAAGAAAGUAGUGAAAACAAAGGUCUCCCUGAUGAUGAAGGUGAUACAAAGGAGUAUGAAGAACCUGCAGACAGUGAGGCCAUGGAGCACGCAGAAAUAAGUGAUGCAGGCAACAAUGCCGAUUCAUGUAUUGAUGUAGAAAAUUUAACGAGUUCUGUCAUUGAAGAAGGAGAAUUGGUAGAACCUUCAGCUAUUGGGAAAGCAGAAAAUGAAGUUACUUCUGAGGAUACAGGUGAAGAGAAUGCUUCUAGAGCUGUAAGUCCUGAAACACAUGGUUCUACAGAAUGCAUAGUAACAGAGGAUGAUAAUUCUAACAAAGAACAAACUACUGAAGAAAGUAGUGAAAACAAAGGUCUUCCUGAUGAUGAAGGUGAUACAAAGGAGUAUGAAGAACCUGCAGACAGUGAGGCCACAGAGCACGCAGAAAUAAGUGAUGCAGGCAACGAUGCCGAUUCAUGUAUUGAUGUAGAAAAUUUAACGAGUUCUGUCAUUGAAGCAGGAGAAUUGGUAGAACCUUCAGCUAUUGUGAAAGCAGAAAAUGAAGUUGCUUCUGAGGAUACAGGUGAAGAGAAUGCUUCUAGAACUGUAAGUCCUGAAACACAUGAUUCUACAGAAUGCAUAGUAACAGAGGAUGAUAAUUCUAACGAAGAACAAACUACUGAAGAAAGUAGUGAAAACAAAGGUCUUCCUGAUGAAGAAGGUGAGACAAAGGAGUAUGAAGAACCUGCAGACAGUGAGGCACUGGAACACGCAGAAAUAAGUGAUGCAGGCAACAAUGCCGAUUCAUGUAUUGAUGUAGAAAAUUUAAUGAGUUCUGUCAUUGAAGCAGGAGAAUUGGUAGAACCUUCAGCUGUUGUGAAAGCAGAAAAUGAAGUUGCUUCUGAGGAUACAGGUGAAGAGAAUGCUUCUAGAGCUGUAAGUCCUGAAACACAUGAAUCAACAGAGUGCAUAGUAAUAGAGGAUGAUAAUUCUAAAGAAGAACAAACUACUGAAGAAAGUAGUGAAAACAAAGGUCUUCCUGAUGAAGAAGGUGAGACAAAGGAGUAUGAAGAACCUGCAGACAGUGAGGCCGCGGAGCACGCAGAAAUAAGUGAUGCAGGCAACAAUGCCGAUUCAUGUAUUGAUGUAGAAAAUUUAAUGAGUUCUGUCAUUGAAGCAGGAGAAUUGGUAGAACCUUCAGCUAUUGUGAAAGCAGAAAAUGAAGUUGCUUCUGAGGAUACAGGUGAAGAGAAUGCUUCUAGAGCUGUAAGUCCUGAAACACAUGAAUCAACAGAGUGCAUAGUAAUAGAGGAUGAUAAUUCUAAAGAAGAACAAACUAGUGAAGAAAGUAGUGAAAACAAAGGUCUUCCUGAUGAAGAAGGUGAGACAAAGGAGUAUGAAGAACCUGCAGACAGUGGGGCACUGGAGCACGCAGAAAUAAGUGAUGCAGGCAACAAUGCCGAUUCAUGUAUUGAUGUAGAAAAUUUAACGAGUUCUGUCAUUGAAGCAGGAGAAUUGGUAGAACCUUCAGCUAUUGUGAAAGCAGAAAAUGAAGUUGCUUCUGAGGAUACAGGUGAAGAGAAUGCUUCUAGAGCUGUAAGUCCUGAAACACAUGAAUCUACAGAGUGCAUAGUAAUAGAGGAUGAUAAUUCUAAAGAAGAACAAACUACUGAAGAAAGUAGUGAAAACAAAGGUCUUCCUGAUGAAGAAGGUGAGACAAAGGAGUAUGAAGAACCUGCAGGCAGUGAGGCACUGGAGCAUGCAGAAAUAAGUGAUGCAGGCAACAAUGUUGAUUUAUGUAUUGAUAUGGAAAAUACAACUAGUGCUGUCAUGGUAGAAGAAGGAGAUGCACCAGAAAUGGAAGAAUCUUCAGAUAUUGUGAAAACAGAAGAUGAACUUAAUGCUGAAGCUAUAGGUGUAGAGAGUGCUUCCAGAGCAGUAAGCCCUGAUAUAAAUGAUUCUAAAGAGUGCAUAACAAUAGAGGAUGCUAAGGAAGAACAAACUACUGAAGAAAGCAAUGAAGCCGAUGGUGUUUUUAGUGAUCAGGAUGGUAAUCAGGGCAUAUCUGAUGUAGAACAUAGUGACCCAAGCACUGAAGAACAUUCAUCAAAUGACCCAAGUCAAGAGAUCGUAUCUGCACCUGAGGAUUCCAGUCUUGAUACCCAACGUGAAUCUGCAGAUGUUAAAGACACAUCUGGGGAUAUGAACUCUAAAACAGAAGGUGAAUCUUCAGACCAAGAUAAUAAGCAUUUUGUAGAACAAUCAUCAGAAACUAAGGGGGAGUCAAGUAGUGUUAAUGAGGAGACAGCUGAAACAGGGGAUGUAGAUAUUACUGAUCUUAAUAAUGGAGCUGAAAAACAAGAAGAAGACAUGGAUGCAAACAACAUAAUAGAACAUAUAUUGAUUAAUAGUCUUAAUGAAACAGAUGUCCAUUCUGUAGACACGAAUGAAGAAAAUAGAGAGCCAGUAGAAAAUGCAGACUCCAAAGAGGAUGCUGUGAAUCAAAUUGUGGAUGAAGAGGAAAUUAAGGAUAUUGAACCACUCGAGUCUGAAAUAUCUCAGAGUGAAAUAGCAGACAAUGAAAAACCUGAUAUUGAGCAAGAAGAAUAUGUACAACUAGAUACACCAGUCACUGAAUUUACAGAAAGUUCAGAGAAUAUCGAAGAGUCUCUUAAUAAAACAACUGGAGAAGAAGAAGAAGGAGAAGUAAAUGAAACCAACCAAGAAAUUAUUCUUAAUGAUUCAGAAAAUAUGAAUCCAAAUGAUCAAACGGAUGAAGUCCUAAAUGUGUCAGCAGCUGGUGAAGAAGAACUAGAAAAUGUAAAUAGCCUACCAGACAAUGAAGUUUCUCAAGCAGAAAAUGAAGAUCCAAUAUAACAAAAUCAUCAGAUGAAGAUAUUAGGUAAUAAUUUUACCAGUACUACCAUACUACAUCCCCCAAAUAUGAAAUAUUUUAAUAUACUUUAAAAACAAACGUAGCAAACAUUAACAAUGGUCUUUAUUUUGGAAAUGAAGUACAUGUACUAUAUGUGACUUCUUAUCUAGAAACCUGAUAUUCAGAAAUUACGGGAUGUUCAUCUGCCAUAGAAUCCAUUUAAAGAAAAGAAUACAUUUCCAGUGAGCAUUUUGGUAAUAAUAAUUCUAUAAAUUAUUUCCUUUUUCUCUGUCAUAAUGACAGUAACUGUUCCUUGUAUUUAGUGGUAACUAUGCUACAUAAAUGCAUAUUGGUUGCAACACAAUUCUAUUGCAUUUUGUUACUGUUUAAUUUUUUUUUAGUAAAUUUAUAGCACAUUUUGGUUAGUAAACAGAUCUCAUUAUAUUUCCCUUUAUUACCCCAAAGUAUAUUUGCAAUGCUUUCUUUAUCAUGGCACAAGGACUUUUUCUACAGUGUUGUAUAGGAAAGUACUAAGGGGCUCAAAGUAGGUAAUCUGUUUGUGGUUAUAGUUUCACUGCUUGCCAUAUAUACAUUUAUGAAUAAAUAAUUAUGUAUAUAACCACUGGGAGUUAAAAAAUGGAGUACACUGUCCUGCUUAAAUAAUUUGAAGAUGAAAGCCUUACUACCAAAAAAAAAAAUCUACUUUAAUACAUGUGUAAGAACUCAGAAGAAAAUAUAACUUUGCCCCCAUAGUACCUGAUAUCACCAUUCAUGGAACAGUCUCCCCUGCUUGUUCUGGCACAGUCUAUGCUAAAUGUAACACUGAUAAAUCUUAAAAACAGUCCCUUAUUAACUAAAAAUCAAAUACACUAGUAUUCCAAUUGUAUUUAGCACACAUUGCUUCUGCAAGUGCUAUAGUCAAGAAAGUGGAGAGAAUAAUGUCUGAACAUUUAGAAGCAUGACAGACAAUAAUGGGUCCCUGAAAAUGAAAAGUGGCCUGUCUAGUUAUAAAUUCUAUAUGGUCCAUGUGAUUUUAAUUUGUUGGCCUGUUCCACCAGUUCUAACCAGUCCACCAAUCUUAGUAAGUGAAGGCCAAAAUAAUUUGGUUUACUUUAAAUGCAUGUAUUUUCUAGCAGUUUUUGGUUUAAGGGUUUGAAAUUGAUUUUACUUAAACAUUGUUCUCCAGCAGAAUAAAUAUAAAAACUAUAUUUAUUUAGAGGUAUUUAAAUAAAAAAUAAGCUAAUCCAUCCAAAAUUGAGAGGAUUCAUAACUAAUAACAUCAUAUUAAAGGAAUCUUUGCUCUAUCUGUCUUCACCUAAAGCUCACUUACAUGAGUGCUGCAGAGAAGAGUAGCAAGAUCAUAUGCCAUCACUUACUAUUAUACAUUAUAAGGUUUGUAUACUUAAAUCCCAAAUUUCUUUAUUCCAUUUUGGACUUUUCCAAAUCGUAUCCUUUUUUCAUGUAAGGUUAAUGAAGAAAUAGCUUGCUGCGUAAGUUCAAACAGAAAAAAGUAAUAUUUAAUGAAAAUAAUUUAAAAUAUUAUUUAAAAAUUGUAAAAAAGAAACAAUUUGUCCUUGUUGUAGAGUGAUCACAGACAGUUUUAGAGCUUCCCCCAUUUCCCUAUUUUCCCCCUAUUUAUCAUUUCCCCAUAUUUAUUAUUUCCUCCUAUUUUCUGCUUUGACAUCUGAUACAUGAAUAUGACUUAAUUUGCUAUAUACAGGACACACAAUUUAAUAUGACUUUCCUGGUAUACUUAUUAAUUCUUGUUAUUAACUGACUUUUUUAAAAUGAAGAACAGGUCAAAGGCAAUCCUGGCACCUUUUGUACCACUAUUAUCAUGAUGCUUAGGUAAUUUAAUCAGUAAUAUGGGGUAAACAAAUCUUUUACUUCUUCAAUAUUCCAAGUUCAGAACAAGAAAAUAAAUGAACACUCUUUUUUCUUAUUCACAUUUCACACACACAAUUUUAAAUCAGUACAACAAAGACUCCUUAGAUGAUCAAUGGAAAAAGCAGUUAAUAAACAAAGUAAUAGAUCUAUAAUGUUGGUGGUUGCUUCCAUAGCAAGUACAUCUCCAAACAGUGAGCAUUUAAAAAUACUAGCAAGUUUUAUAUAGGGCAGUAAAUACUUUGCAUGUACCAGCCAUCUUCCACUAUAUGUCUGGUCUCAGAUUUCUUUUUAUCAGUCUACUUUAUUAUAUUACACGUAUAUCUGUUAUAAAAAUACCACAAAACAGAAGUUAUUCUAUCCUUUGGUGUGAAUUCUUUUAGAAAAGAUAGAGAAUUUUGCAUAUUUUGCUUUUUACAUUAUGUAUAAUAAAUAUUAUUGUUCAUUACCAAUGAUACUUUUCACAAUAUAUUUUACUAUUGUAUUUGAGAGGUGUACCUUAAAGUAAAGGCACAUGACUUUUUUUGUUUACAGUUUCAUUAAGAAUUCUUAAAUUUAUGGAAAGAAGAUUUUUGGUCUAUAUUUAUAUACUUUGGAAAAAAAAAACAUAUAUAUAUAUAUAUAUAUGUUACAGAAUAUAUAUACAGAAUCUUGCAAGAGAUGACAAGAAAAUGUUUCCCUGAAAUGAUUAAAAAUUGAAAUAAAACUAUAUAACACCAAAUGGAAAAUUAUUAAUUUGUCUCAAUUUUUAUGUCCUUUUUUUGGUGUAUUUUC